UUGAGUCAGAAAUUGCUAGUACUCUGUUCUGGAUGCCUCUAGAUUUCCCUCUGAAACUUCUCCACUCCUUCAAUUCUCUCUCUUUCUCUCAUUUCAUCAUUCUUAUUCUUCCUUCAACAACGCCACCAACAAGACGUCGAAUUAGAGACUCUAUUACAAACCACUAAACCCAAUUCAACCAACCUAAAAAGAAAAAAUGGUGGGAAAUGGUAGCAAUUACCUCCCCAUGAAGAUGAUGAUGAAGAGAAAAGAGAUUGAUCUUGAUGAAGUCAGUGAUGACUUUCAUGACUUCUCUCUUUCUUCACCAGCUCGGAAGAUUCGGCGCCUGAAUGCACAGUUGCCACCGAUUAUGGAGGAGGAGAGAGAGCCGGAGAGUCUGCAUGUGGGUUCAUCGCCGAUUGUUGAAGACGGCGUUGAUUCGCAGAUGGGGGCUUUGGACGACCCUGUUAAUGAAGAGAGGGCUAUUGUUUUGUACAAGCCUCGAAUGCCGUCUUCUCCUAGUAUUACUGUGAAUUUGGAUUCUUUGAACUUGGUUUCUGGGUUUAAGAAUCAAUUUCUUAGGGGAAGCCAAACCAGGCACAUGAAAUUGGUAGAAGACGAAGAUUAUUUGCAAGACAAGAACAAUGCAACAACAGUCAAGUGCUUAGCCGUUGUUCCUUGGGUUCCUUCCCAGUUUCCCAAUGCCUCUGACCCAGGCACAGAUACUUCUCAAACAGAACCAACAGAUUUGAUGGAAGCUGAUAAUAUGGGGGAAGCAGAUAUGGACAUUGAAGAUAACAGUAACUCUAGCAUAGGGCAAGGUCACACAAAUCAAUUUGGUGGAAUGAGGGAGGGUGAGAGCUUACCACAACGGCCCCAGCAGCACUGUCUGAUCCCCCAUCUUCCUCAAAGCACUUCCACACCCAUCACCUGGUUCCAGUAACAGGUACUAAUAGGGUAAAUAAGUUCCUCCACGAAAUCUCAUUCUAAGUAGGUUUAGUUAUGUGAAAGUUAGAUCAUACUGAAAUGGUGACUGGGUAUGGUAGAGAAGCGAAGCUCUUUUUUGUGCCCAUUUGUGACUUGGGAGUGACUCUGGAUAUUUGCUUUUUUAUGGAAAGCUUGUAUAAAGUAAUGAAAAUGAUGUAGUCGUAGUAGUGGAAGUAGUCCCUUUAAUAUGUUGCCUCAAUGCUUGUUGAUUUGGUUAACGCAGAGCAAGAUGGCUUUUAAUGUUC